AUGGACGACAUAUUCAUCCAGCCGGACCUCUGUCCCUCAGAAGAACCAUCCAAGUAUGAAGCAAGCCUGGAUCCCGACUCAGACAGUGAUGCCGACGCCGCAUCAAUAAAAUCCACCCGAUCCUGCUCUACAGACAAUCUCCAACCAGUACUCGAGAACGGCCGUCAUUAUGCAGACGACUCCUACUUCAUGCCAAAUGAUGAUACAGAACUCACCCGUCUCAACAUCGUCCAUCAAAUCUACCUCAUUCUCCUCGACGGCGACCUCACCACUGCCCCACUCACUUCCCCUUGCCCCCGAAUCCUAGACAUUGGCACCGGUCCAGGCGACUGGGCCAUAGAAAUGAGCGCCAAGCACCCAACAGCCCAAAUCAUCGCCUCAGACAUAGGUGUCUUCGACUCAGGCCUAGGCCACCUCUCCCUUCCAAACGUCGACUUCCAGCUCGCAGACGCCCAAUCCCAAUGGACAUACCACGAACCAUUCGACCUCAUCCACAUCCGCGGCUUAUCAGGCGCCUUCCAUAAUUGGCAUCAUAUAUACACGCAGGCCCUAGCCCACCUCAAACCAGGCGGAUAUAUCGAAGUCGCCGAUGUCGAUCCAGCAGGCGAUACCAUCUCUCUACCCUCGAGUUCGGACACUUCCCACUUACGCACGUAUGCGGCAGCACUUCGUGCAGCGGCUGAUGAGAGCGGGUAUCCGCGAGAUUUGAAACAUCUCGCGACGAACGCGCUCUCAGAAGCGGGUUUCGUGGAUGUUCGUGUACAGGAACGAUCUAUUCCUAUUGGAUUGUGGCCUGAAGACGUGCGUGAGAAAACUCUGGGUAAGAUGGGCCUGAUUACGCUGCUUGAGGGGUUGGAGGCGUAUGCACUGCGUACGUUGACGAAGUCUGGGCGCUGGUCGCUUGAUGAGGCGACGGAAUUAUGUGAGAAGGUUAGGCGGGAGUGCGUUUCUGCGACGGGGCUUGUGGCGACAGUCAAGAUUGUUACGGGAAGGAAGCCGAUUUCUUUUGCGCAAAGGAGGGAGGAGAUUAUGGCGAGAGCCAUGGCGAGAGCUCAGGUAUUUAGUGGGGAUGGAUUGGGAGGGAAGUAG